GCGGAAGUGCUGCCCUGGGGGAGGGGAGGGGCCCGAGGAGGGGCGGGAAUCAGGUGGCGGAGAGGAGGGAGGAAGAGCAGUGCUCCCCAGCAUCUCCUUCUGCGCAAUGACCUCCAAGGCCAAGAAGCGGGUGGUGCUUCCCACGCGCCCCGACCCCCCCAACACGGAACAGAUUCUCGAGGAUGUCCAGCGUGCCCAGCCCAACGACCCUGUCUUCAUCCUCCUCGCGGAGCCCAGCGAAGAUUUGCCCACUCCAACCAAAAAUGAAGACCCAGAGGCCAAGAGGGAACGCCUGUACCGGCUGACACAGUCCUACGUGGAGAUGAACCACCGCCUUCAGAAAGCCUGCAGCCUGCUCAAGGAGAAAUGUGAGGAGCUCAAACUGGCCGGCGCGACCCUGGAGCAGGGCAUCUUGGAAAUGAAGCAGAGGGCCUUGUGAGGCGCUCUCUGGGCAAUGACGGCUAUCGCCGCCCCGGAAGCCAGGCAAGCGAAACGUCGAGGGGAGCCGGCCAGAACUGCGCCACGCUCUGAGCUGCAGGCUCGCUGCCCCCGCUGCCGCCCCUGCGAUGUGAUUUCAGCAUGCAUAAGCUACACAACUUAAACACUGUCUAUGUUCUAAGUUUUGUGAAUGUGUGCCAAAACAGCUGCCUGCUACGCGCCCAAGCUGCCUUGCCGUGCUUGUGAAAUGCCCAAUAGCGUGGUUAGGCUCAUCUGUUUCCCCAAAUUUCACGAGAUUUGCCCGCCACUCUGCGUGAGUCUCCCAUACCUUUUUUCCUUACAUUUGCAAAGACAUAACACAAGCUGUCUCUGUCAGAGAGCCCAGCCGGCACUCUCCCCAAAGUUCUCCUAUCUAGGCUGGGACAAGUGGACUUUUGAGGGUGGGGGGUUGCGGGGAGGGGAAAGGUAGUCACCUUUUUGCCAUUCUCAGCAACGGCUGCAUUUCUAUUUUAUUUUGGGGGGGGGCAUGACAUCUCCGUCCAUCCGUUACGAUUUCUCCCUUUGGUACUGCCUGGACGACGACCCCAUUGCCACCGACAUUUGCAAGAUCCUGACGGAGCAAGGGUUCCACGGUUACGUUGAGCAUCAGGACCAUGUGGCGGGGCGCUCUGUCGUCGCCUCGGUGAACGAGAUUAUCCAGGCGAGCCGAGUUGCCAUCGUGCUCUUGACGUCCUGCUCGGUGGCUGACCCCUGGUGCCAGCGGAUUGCGGAGUGGAGCCUCAUCCACACAAUACAGGAAGAGGGGGCGAAAGUCAUCCCAGUUUAUGUGGACGUCUCGCAGGAGCAGGUGCCCUUGGCUUUCAAGCACUUGACCGGACUCGAAUACAGCGAGAGGUUCUUCAGGCGGAGGCUGCUUGCCAGUUUGCAAAAGACCAGGCCCCGCACAAGGACCCGCGUCCCUCCAGUGUGACCAGUAUGAAAAAAAGAGUUGGCUUCUGAUGGGCUGGAGGGGGGGGACUCUUGGAGGGGGGGGCAGGGGCAGGCUUAAACUUGGCGGCUCCAUUUUGACCAUUGUCCAGAGUGUGUCGGAUUCGUUCAGUGUUUGACGUAGGCCCCAUUGUGACAUGGGUUUGGUGACCGUGAACGGAUUCCCACUAGGUUUGUGGCUAGAGCCAAUUUAUAAGGAGGUCUUAAGUAAAACAGGAGUUGUAGGUGUUUGGGGGUGGGGUGGGGUAAGCGAGGAAAGGGUGGGAGGUGUCGUUUGUCAGUAUGUUUGGUGUUAGCAGGGGGAGGUUGGUGUCAAGAGAAAAAAGCUGGUUCUUGAGACUUCUGAUUUUCACAUUUUAUUUAAUUUAAGGAGCUGUUAUUAAAAAAGCAGUUUUUGGACAAGA